AUGCCAGCUCUGGAGGCAAGCGAUCCAGUCGCCAUGGACACUCAGCCUCCAAGCGUCGGCGGUAACAGUGCGCUGGGUAGCUUGGAGGGUAGAGGCAAGCUGCAGCUGGUGCAGCCUUCGUCGGCAGACGAAGAGACAAAGGUGGUGCGGGAGCUGAUGAACACUGCGGAUGCUGGCAUGAAGGAAGGAGACACAUACAACCUAGUAGACGCUAGGUGGUGGCGAGCUUGGUCCAGAUACUCGGGCUACUCGGAAUCAGAGAGCGAGUCGCAGAAGCUUACUGUGAAGCCGCUACCCAUAGACAACUCGAGCCUGGUGGAUCGGGAGGCGCAGGACAGGUUCGGCAGUGCCGAGCCUCACCUGCGGCUGGAGCUGCAGGAGGAUGGGGACUACGCGCUGGUGCCGCAGUCUGUGUGGCGCGUGCUGCACUCGUGGUACGGGGGCGGGCCAGUGGUAUCUCGCCACGUGGUGCGCAUGGGGGGGCGGGAGGAGCUAUCAGUGGAGGUCUACCCGCUCUCUCUCGAGCUCUCCUGCGUCUCUGCCGCCACCUCACUGCCUCCUCGCGUGGAGUCGGUGGUUAUCAGCAAGCGCGCGACUGUGGGACAGCUCAGGCACCGUGCGUGCGAGCUGUUUGGCCUGCAGCCAGAGAAUGUGCGGGUGUGGGACAACUACGGGGGCAAGCGCCACAAGGUGUUGAGUGAUGAGGGCCAGACCCUGGAAGACACGGAACUGCAGAUGGGCAACCAGAUACUGGUGGAGGUGGGGGAUAACGGCCAAUGGCCAGCCCAGGCCGUGCAUCUAGAGUCCUCCUCCUCGCCCUCCUCUCCCUCCACUCCCUCCCGCACGUCCAAACCCGCCGCCACCUCCCCCUUCCACACCUCCACCUCCCCCCGUACCUCCACUCUCGCGUCGGCCGCCGAACCCACCGCCGCCGAGCCUAACGUCUCCAUAGCAGGGGGCCCUCUGUCGCAUUAUAGCAGCGUGGGAGCUGCUCCCCCUCCUGGCGCGCUGUUCAUCACCUCGUGGCCUCCCAACCCUGCUGGGGAAGGAAUGGAGGGAGCAGGAGCAGGAGCAGAAGCAGGGGUGGAAGGAUCGACCUGGUCUCCGGUCAGAGAAAUGACUGAUGCAGAAGGGGCAGGGGGGGAAGAAGAGGGCGAGGGGGGCGGGACUGCCGCAAGUGGAGUUGAUACCAGCGCUGCUGCUGCUGCUGCUGCUGCUGCUGCUGCUGCUGCUGCUGGGGGGGUUAGUGCUGGUGACGUGAGAGGAAAGCUGAAAGCGGCCUUCCCAGCAGCAGAUGUGGGACCGGCUAAGAAACCAACGUCUGGGCUGACGCUAUCCAUUGCACCCCCUCCUGCCUCCUCCUCUAUGGCUAUUGUCCCCGUGCCUAGCGCCGAGGAGAAGAAAGGCUCGGGCUCAGGCUCGGGGUUCCCGUUCAGGUUCGGGUUCGGGUUCGGUAGCAGUUCGAGUGCCAAGGCGGCUAGUGUGGCAGCAGCGAGUGCAGGAGCCGGAGCAGGGGCGCGAGCAGGGGGGGCGCAGGGGAUCCAGGGCGGUCCAGUGGGGUUGACAGGGUUGGUGAACCUUGGGAACACGUGCUUCAUGAACAGUGCGCUGCAGUGCCUGGUGCACACUGUACCGUUAGUGGAGUAUUUUAUGGCGGAUUACUUGAGGGAGAUCAACAGAAGCAACCCCUUGGGCAUGGAGGGUGAGAUGGCAACAGCGUUCGGCGAGCUGCUACGCAAGCUGUGGGCGCCGGGAAGGGACCCUGUUGCUCCCAGGGCCUUCAAGGCGCGACUCUCACGCUUUGCUCCUCAGUUCAGCGGCUACAACCAGCAUGACUCUCAGGAGCUGCUGGCGUUCCUACUAGAUGGCUUGCACGAGGAUCUGAACCGUGUGAUGCGCAAGCCGUACAUUGAAGCCAAGGACGCGGACGGGCGGGCGGACGAGGAUGUGGCGCGGGAGAACUGGGAGAACCACAAGGCGAGGAACGACUCCAUCAUCGUUGACAAGUUCCAGGGUCAAUACAAGUCAACGCUGGUGUGUCCGCAGUGCAAGAAGGUCUCGGUCACCUUCGAUCCCUUCAUGUACCUCUCGCUGCCACUGCCCUCCAAGGCCACGCGCUCGCUGCACCUCACUCUACUCUCCUCGUUCGGCGACCAGCCCCCCCGGGCGCUCACUGUCACGGUGCCGCGUACAGGCAGGAUUCUGGACCUGCAGAGGGCGUUAGCUGAGGCGUGCCAGCUGCCUCCAGGAGAGAGACUGCAUGUGGCUGAGAUCUACAACAACCGCAUCUUCCGCUCGUUCCCUCCGCUGGAGCAGAUCUCGUCCAUUGAGGACCGAGACAGGCUCGUGGCUUACCGCGUGCCGCGGGGGUGUGAAGCGCCCGUUAUAGUCACACAGCGGAUCAAGGAAGUCUCCACAGUCACCAACGAUUUCUUCUGGCGCCUGCACGGCGCGCCUCUCCUCCUCCCGGUCUCCCGCUUUGACAUUCGCUCCGACGGCACAGGGGACGGGGAUGUGCAAGGGAAGGAUGAUCCUAUGGACGAAUCAGCAGGGAGGGAUGCCAAUACUGGUGAUGCAGCAGCUGGCGGUGAGGAGGGUGAGGGGGAGAAUGGGGCGACUGCACGGGAAUCUGCGGCUGAGGUUUCUGCGGGGGAGGAGGGAAUAGAGGAACAGGCAGCGGCAAAAGUGGAGCCGCCGUUUUCGCUGUCUGUCACUCGAGCGCAUGUUGAGACAGCUGCUGAUGCUAUUCGGAUUCCUGAUGGGACUGAUUUGCCGAAGGGAUUUACUCCGGAUAUGCUUUCCAAGGACGGACUCGCGCUGCUAUUGGAUUGGUCGGUCAAUGGGCUGAAGGAGUUUUACGAUGUCGGGCAGCUUGAGGAGCUGCCCGAAGUGAGCUCGGGCAGUGCGGGGCUGCCCAUGAAGAACAAGCGGCAGGAGGGAGUAACGCUGUUCUCGUGCCUGGAUGCUUUCAUCAAGGAGGAACCGUUGGGCCCUGAUGAUAUGUGGUACUGCCCGCAGUGCAAGGAGCACAGGCAGGCAACUAAGAAACUUGACCUGUGGCGACUGCCGGAGAUCCUAGUGGUGCAUCUGAAGCGCUUCUCCUACAGCCGCUACUUCAAGAACAAGCUCGACACGCUCGUCACCUUCCCCGUCCAUGACUUCGACCUCUCUCCGUACCUGCCGCCCUGCCACGCGGAAGGGGGCGGCAACGUGUAUGAGCUAUAUGCGAUCAGCAAUCAUUACGGUGGCAUGGGUGGAGGGCACUAUACUGCAUACGUGCAGUUGGGCAACGAGCGUCAAUGGCACACCUUCGACGACAGCUUUGUUUCUCCUGCAAACGAGUCACAAAUUGAGACACCUGCGGCUUACGUGCUCUUCUACCGGAGAGUUGGGAGCUCGCACCACUAUGCAGCUUCCCAGAACGAAGCAACAGGUGAUGGACAAAAUAACUCCACAGCUGAGGUCACUGACAUGGACCGUGACUAG